UCUGCAGCAUAGAGGGAGGAGUCUUAACCGGGAGCAUCCUGUACCGACACUCGGUCCUCGGCGCACUUGUCGUCCGACUUCAAGCACUUAAGGUUGCAUCGACUCAGGCUCUGUGAGCAGCAGCAAAGAUGACGCACCAGUACCCCGCACUCACUCCGGAGCAGAAGAUGGAGCUCCAGGACAUUGCCCAGCGCAUCGUGGCCCCCGGGAAGGGCAUCCUGGCCGCCGACGAGUCCGUGGGCAGCAUGGCGAAGCGGCUGAACCAGAUCGGCGUGGAGAACACAGAGGAGAACCGCCGGCUGUACCGCCAGCUGCUGUUCAGCGCCGACGAGCGCAUCGAGAGCUGCAUCGGCGGCGUCAUCUUCUUCCACGAGACGCUGUACCAGAACGCCGACGACGGCACCCCCUUCGUUAAGAUGAUCAAGGACAAGGGCAUCGUCGUGGGGAUCAAGGUCGACAAAGGUGUUGUCCCAUUGGCCGGGACAGAUGGAGAGACCACCACCCAAGGACUGGAUGGCCUGUCGGAACGCUGCGCGCAGUACAAGAAGGAUGGAGCGGACUUUGCUAAGUGGCGCUGUGUGCUGAAGAUCAGCGAGCACACGCCCUCCCAGCUGGCCAUUAUGGAGAACGCCAACGUGCUGGCCCGCUACGCCAGCAUCUGCCAGCAGAAUGGAAUCGUGCCCAUUGUGGAGCCAGAGAUCUUGCCUGAUGGAGACCAUGACCUGAAGCGAUGCCAGUAUGUGACAGAGAAGGUCCUCGCUGCGGUGUACAAGGCCCUGUCCGACCACCACGUGUACCUGGAAGGCACCCUUCUCAAACCCAACAUGGUGACCGCCGGCCACGCGUGCCCUACCAAGUAUGGCCCCGAGGAGAUUGCCAUGGCAACGGUCACCGCCCUGCGUCGCACUGUUCCCCCUGCUGUCACAGGAGUGACCUUCCUCUCCGGCGGUCAGAGCGAGGAGGAGGCCUCCAUUAACCUGAACGCCAUCAACACCUGCCCCCUGCGCAAGCCCUGGGCCCUGACCUUCUCCUACGGCCGCGCCCUGCAGGCCUCCGCCCUCAAUGCCUGGCGCGGGCAGAAGGACAACGAGAGCGCCGCCACCGAGGAGUUCGUCAAGCGCGCAGAGGUGAAUGGCUUGGCAGCGCAGGGCAAGUACAUCGCCAGCGGUGACGGCAGUGGCGCUGCAGGACAGUCACUCUACGUGGCCAAUCACGCUUACUGAACACCCAGUAUUCCCACAUUCCAACUUCUGCUGACCAGUAGUAUCCUCCACUGGUACAACCUUCCAUAUCACCAACCAAUCACAGACCUGCGCUGUCUUCUGUACUUUAGGAAUAUUAUGAUGUAUUUAAAUAUAUGUAUUUAAAAAAAGAAUAAUGUAUGGUAAUAGAAAGCUGUUUGUGAUGGUUCGAUGAAUGGAGGAAAGACUAUACAGGAAGCAAAUCGGUAAAUAUAUAGACAAAUUAUUUUUUUCAUGAAAACAAUUUAAGGUAAUAAAUUAUCCUCUUCCCUUGAUUUCCCUGUAUUUUCCCUUGAUGUCUUAGAUUGAGGUUAGUCUGAAGGAAUGUCAUUAUCGCCCAGAGAGAAAUGCUCGAUGGAGUAUUUGAAGUUACUGAGAUCAUGGUUACACCAGACACAAUGCGAUCCCCACACGGUGUUUUCUCCCAGUGCUCUUGCACUGGCAAACCAUUGAUUCAAUAUUUGGGGGGAUUCUCUUGGCAUUACUUUCCCUCAAGUACAGUAAACAGCCACCCAGAGCUCAGAAUCUGUCAGUGAGGAAGAGAGGCAUAUACAGUCUGUCAGAGUGGGUUUAUACAAUCGGAAAGCUUUGGUAAAUGUUGGGAGGGAUGACCAUUACUGAAAACUAUUAAGCACUAACAACCACAGUAUGUAGUGUUUUUGUCUCACCCAUCUGAUGACCGAUUUUGGGAAUGUGUAUUUAAAGGUAAUAAUGAAAAUAUGAAUAAACAUUCAUUUAAAAAAAAGUCAAAUAUAAAUAAUAACUGUGUUGUGUGAAGGUGCAGAUUUGUGUGAUGCCUUUGUGUCCUAACUGCCCCUGCCCCUGUGGGAAAAGAAGUAGAGUAAGAUGGUAAACUAGUUCCUCUGGUUUUGGCAGACUUGACCUAACAGCUUGGGCUUACAGGGAAGCAGUCACUGUAUUUCGUGAUGUUAGUGUCGUUCUCUAUGCAUCAGAUGUACCAAAUAGUGAAACAAAAAUAAAGAAAUGUGGAAAAUA